AUGGCCACUCUUUUUAACCUCAAGUCCAACCAGUCCAGGACAUUCAAGCCCAAGAAGGUCGCUGAGGGCACCAAGCAGUGGCAGCUCAAGCAGUAUGCCCAGCAGACUCUCCUCCCCGAGGGUGAGGACCUGCAGGAGUGGAUCGCAGUGCAUGUUGUUGACUUUUUCAACCACGUCAACAUGCUGUACGGCACCAUCUCCGAGUUCUGUACGCCGUCCGAGUGCCCGAUCAUGAACGCUGGGCCAAAGUACGAGUUCUACUGGGAGGACGGCGAGACGUACAAGAAGCCCACCCACCUCUCUGCCCCGGCGUACGUCGAGGCCCUCAUGACCUGGGCGCAGAGCCUGCUCGACGACGACAAGCUGUUCCCGCAGCGUAUCGGUGUCAAGUUCCCCCCCAACUUCAUGUCCACUGCCAAGGUCAUUCUGCGUCGUCUGUUCCGUGUCUACGCCCACAUUUACCACUCGCAUUUUGACCAGAUCUGUGCUCUGGGUAUUGAGGCCCACCUCAACACCAACUACCGCCACUUCCUGCUGUUUGUUGACGAGUUCUCGCUGCUUAGCGACCGUGACCUCGUCCCCCUUGAGGACUUUAACAAGACUAUCCUUGAGGAGACCCCCAGGAAGUAG